UGAAAACAGAAAAUGCCCAAGACACACAGUGGUGAUCUGCUCCGUAAUUGGACCUCAGGUGAGAGCCGCAGGCCAUGGACAUCCUCUAGUAGAAAUCGCACCUGCAAUUGCAGCAGCAGCAAUCCAAAUCAGAGACGCUGCCUCCCAUGGUCGAGCAUGGUUGGAUCAAAUAAAACCAGCCUGCUGAUUUUCCUUCUCGCAAUCUGCCUAAUAAACGCGGUCGCCAAGGCGGAUGAGACAUCUCGAAAUGGACGUCUUGGUCGUCAUCAUCUCGCCACCACACCGCUGAGUCGCCUGGAGACAACACAGACUGCCGAUGAGGUGACAGAGUCCGAAACGGAGUCCCCAACGACGGAACUACCGGCGGAAGAAUGGCAACCAGUGUUGAAUGCCACAGAUCUGCCGGCAGUCAGGAAGCAGCUGGAUAAGUUAGCUCCCACAGAUUCCCUGCUUCUCCGUCUGGCCAGGAGAUUUACCAGUGGCAACGAGCUCUGGGAUGGACUCGUUCGGGAUUGCUAUCUCAAGCCGGACAUCUCGUGCUUCCAAAAGAAUGUGUUUAGCUAUUUGGAUGGUGCUCUGGAUGUGCAGGAUGUCAAUGUGACACAGAGACUUAAGUUCUUUAAGAACCAAGUUCACUACGAGAUCGAGAAGGAGAAGGAGGAGAACUCGGAGGCACGUGCCGCCAGUCCGGAAACACCGAUCGAGGAAGUGACCAGCGCUCUAUAUGGCAAGAGCAUCAAAUUUGCCAUGACCCACGAUCUGGAGGUGGAUUUGCCAGAGGUUAUGUUCAACGGCGCCACAUUUCGCAUCUCGCCGCGAGCCAUCGAGGGAAAUGGAAUCAUUGCCAAGUUGGAGCUGAUACCCAAACAGGUAGUCAAGGCCCGACUGGCUGGAGCGAUAAUCCAAAAGAAGAUACGUAAAAAAUUUCUACGCAGCAAACUGGUGUUGUCAUUCCUUGCCUUGCUCCUCAUCAUCAAGAUCAUCAAGAUCAAGCUAUUCUGGCUCCUGCCGAUCAUCAUUGGAGUUGGAGCCGCCAAGAAGCUGUUGCUGAAGUUCCUGCUAUUCCUGUUCCCAGCGUUGUCGCAUCUCUUCAAACUUUGCUCCUACUACCACCAGUCUUACCACGCACCACCCAAGUACCACCACCACCAUCAUCUCAUCGAUCAUCAUCAUACGGUGGUUCCCACAUGGCACAGUGGAGAGCAUCACUCUGGUCCCGAGCUCAUAUACACACAUCCACCAAAGGGACAUCCAUCUGCCUAUCUCCAUGGAGCUCCCGUACACGAGAGCUAUGGUCCCGGGGGAUUCGAGCAUUUUGAGGGAGCCUGGGAGAACAGUGGUCCUGGAUUGGGUUCCGACUCAAGGCCGGCACAUACGCAGCAUCAUCCGGUGUUCGUGCCAGGACAUCAUCCGCCACAGAAUGUGCCAGGACUCACGGCAGCGGCACAAAUAGCCGCACAGUAUGAUCCCGCACGGAACAAUCAGCAGCAGCAGCAGCAACACCAAACUUUGCAGGAGCCACAACUUUCGCCUGAACUGGCCGCUCAGCUAAAGGAGGCCAUUCGCAUUCAGGCCGAACAGCGCCUAAUCCAGCAGCAGCAAAAGAUACUGGAGCAUCAGCCAUUUGUGCAGGAUGGACAGCCACUAUAUCCGCUCAACUAUGAUCCCUUCUACAGUCCCAUUCUGCUGAAAAUAGACAAGAUUGUGGAGCAGCUGGGCGUAAAGAAUGACCUGUGCAAGGAGCGUAUUGUUUGCAGCAUGUACAAGGAUCCAGCCACCUAUAGUCCGCACAGCAAUUUUGUUUCUGCCGAACUAAGUCGCGAUACCAGCGAACUGGAGCCCGUAACGCAUGCGAAUGAGGCAGUGCGUCGUUUCUACCGGCUAAUUCAGGCUGCUCGAGAUGGCCAGGAUCAAAAGGAUUGCCAGAGCCUGUAUCCACAGUGCAAUAUGCCGGCCAAAUGAGUCGGAGGGAGUCUGCAAGUCGAGCAGUCACUUUGAAGUCAACUUUUUUCCUUGUUAAAAGAAAAAAAAAAAAAACAAAAA